AGCCUGAACGUAUUGGUUCAUACACAUGCACACACAGAUAGAUGUAUGUAUGUAUAUAUUAUAUUUACAUGUAUGCUGAAUGUACACACGUAGCGCAAACAAUUUUUUCUUGUGGUCUUCGGUCCGAUAAGAAAGGUAGGUGUGGAUGUGUGGGCGAGAAGGGUUUCACCGCGGUGCCUAGUUCCUUCUAUCAAUCGGUCCAAGGGUUCUGGUAUUCUACGUAAGUAGUACGCGCGUUCAGAGCGGACGAGGGUGGUUUUGCUGGGUGUGCGUGUGUGUACAUGCUGUAUAUGUGUGUCAGCGAGCGUUGAGGGGGGUUGCUUCCGGAUGUGGAGGUAGAGUGCGCGCGACUCGCGAUCUUGGCGAAGACCCCGGGUGGGCAGAAACCAACCAUCCUCCUCUCGUUCGUCAUCCAGAACUACCCUGAGUGCGGUCCCGCAUCGUCCCAGAGGCACAACCUCCGCAGCACACUUCAUCUCUCAUCCACCGAGCGAAGCAGGAGCACCCUCCAAACUCCUCCAGCGUCCUCACCUGCAGCAGAGGUAUUCGAAUCUUCGAGGUUGAGGGGUGGCGUGCGGCCGUCCGUGACGAUAUGGCUUAAUUUGAAAAGAGCGCGCGCGUGUCCGGCAAACACCACUUUCAAAAGCUAGUGCGGAAAACCCGGGCCUUCUGUUUCCGGUCCGCCGGCGGCGAACAUCCCCUGGUGUAACAACCACCCAUCGCUCUCCGUGGAGUCAGUAACGUGAUGAAACGCGACCGUGAUCCUACCAUGAAGAAGUUCACGAUCAAAGGAGUUCUCGACAACUUUCGCACUUCCGUUGCUCAGCAGGCCCGCGCCGACCAGGAGAUCCAGGAGACCCUCAGGCCGGAGCACUUCCAAGUCAAAAGGACAUUCCGGCACGGAUUCCCGUUCCAACCGACGGCUGUCGCCUUCGACCCCAUCCAGAGGCUUCUGGCCAUCGGCGCCAAGUGCGGAUCCCUUAGGCUAUUAGGUCAACCAGGCGUCGAUGUGCACCUCAGGCAUGACACGGAUGGAUCUCUGGGCAGCUCGGCUGUUGUUCAACUGCAGUUCUUGGUAAAUGAAGGUGCCCUCAUAUCGGCAACCGCAGAUGACACCCUUCACCUAUGGAACUUCCGUCAGAAGGUACCGCAGGUUGUGCAGAGUCUGAAAUUCCAGAAAGAAAGGAUAACGUGCAUGCACUUGCCGUUACAGUCGAAAUGGUUGUACGUGGGCACCGAACGAGGAAACAUCCACGUGGUGAACAUCGAGAGUUUUGUUCUCUCCGGCUACAUCAUCAAUUGGAACAAGGUUAUCGAGGUUUCGAGGAAGACGCACCCGGGACCCGUAGUUCACCUCAGCGACAAUCCAUUGGAUACAAAUAAACUAUUAGUUGGCUACGAGAGCGGACAAGUCGUCCUGUGGGAUCUGAAGAACAAAACCGCCGACAUCAGAUAUCAAACUUCUGAGCCUCUGAGGGCAAUCGCGUGGCACCACGAGGGAAAGCAGUUCAUGUGCUCGCACAACGAUGGCUCUCUCACCACAUGGGGAAUCAAACUUAACCAGAAACCUCUCCACAUCUCACAACCGCACGCGAAAGUCGGCAAGGAUGGCAAGAUUGAGCAGUGCAAGGCAAUACCGAAAGUGGAAUGGAAAUCAUCUAAAACUGGCGAGGCGUACGUGAUAUUCUCAGGCGGAAAUUCGUACGAUCAGUCAGGCAGGACUCCGAGUAUAACUGUGGUUCACAGCAAAAUCACAACGGUCCUGGAGAUGGAACAUCCGGUGGUGGAUUUCAUAACUCUCUGCGAGUCACCAUAUACCAGCGAGAUGCAAGAGCCAUACGCCAUCAUUGCUUUACUACAGACUGACCUGGUGGUCAUCGAUCUGCAGACCGUUGGUUUCCCGUGUUUAGAGAAUCCGUACCCGAUGAACAUACACGAGUCGCCAGUCACCUGCUGCAGUUAUUUAGCCGAUUGUCCGGCAGAUCUGAUUCCUGCCUUCUAUUCAGUAGGAAUCGCUACAGCGGUGAAGCGGACGGACUUCUCCGACCAAGAUUGGCCCAUCAGCGGUGGAACUUGGACGGUGACUUCCUGCAGCUACAGCGAGAUCAUUUUGACGGGACAUGCUGAUGGUACCCUAAAAUUCUGGGAUGCAAGUGCCGGUACACUACAGGUCCUAUACAAACUGAAGACGGCUAAGAUUUUUGAAAAGCCAGCUCGAAGGUCGCUCGAGAGCGAAGAUGAGCCUUUCGCGGUGCAGCUGAUCUCGUUUUGUCCGGAGUCAAGGAAACUGUGUCUUGCAGGAGCCUCGAGCCAUGUCAUCCUCUACUGCUUCAAGAGAUUCGAGAGCAAUGAAGAAAUGACUGUGUUAGAGGUUCCCAUAGUCUACGAGAACCCCGACGAGGGCGAAUGCUCUCCGGACUGUCAGUUCUCUGGGCCAGGUAGCGCAGGUUCAGGCUCUCGCCUGGAUAUGAUGGAGUCCUCCGAUAGAAAGGACAUCCUCAGAGUACGCGCUGGUAACCAUAAGAAGCCCGUAGGUUACCAGGUACAGCUUGUCUGCAUCACACCCUGGAGCAACGGUGAAGCCCCAUCUAAUAUCACCUCACUGACCAUCAACAGUUCAUACGGAUUGAUGGCGUAUGGAAACGAGGCCGGUAUUGUUAUAAUCGACAUAGAGCAGAAGGUUUGUUUGUUGAACGUGGGAAGUCCGGAUCUGUAUGGCGCCCAGGACCCAUACUGCAGAGCCCCGAGGAGCCCGAAGCGCGGCACCACCGACAUCCUACCCAUAGACCGGGACGACCGGCACCCCAGAAGUCCCAGCAUUGAUCAGAUGGGAUCUCCGGAGUCCCCUUUAUUCCCCAUGCCCUGCCCGUUGCCCACCACCAUCACCAACACCACCCCCGUCGAAGUAGCCCACGAAGCGCUCGAAGAUGUCGUCGAGCAGGCGGUGCCGAUACCACAAACAGCGGCCGGCCGCAGGAAAUCAUCCACGUGGAAGUCAUCUUUGAACAUCAAGAGGCGCCUAUCGAAGGUCGACAUCAAGAUCAAGUUCCGUUCAAACUCGUCGUCCUCCUCGUCGACGACGGCCAAGCGCAACUCAAUAUUUUAUGCAGGAGUCUCUCCUACCCAAGAUCCUUCUUACGAGGAGGAGAACGAAGAGGAUGCCGAAGAGUCCGAUGACGUGUUAGACACCAAAGAUUCCGAAUGCGAAGAGCUAUACGAAUCGGAUGACACUUUAGAUGCAGGAGGCUGUGGUAAGGGCGCAGCGAAGGCCGUGGACAGACCCUGCGACCUUGACCUUCCCGAUGGCCCAGUUCCACCACCUCGGAACAAAAAAAAGAAGCAGAGGUCACGCGACCAGAGACUACUCUCGGUGCCAAAUAUCAAGUACAAACCCGACCUAAUGUUGGAUCUGCGCGGCGACAAGGACGAUAAAGAGGUGCCCUGCAAUGCGCAACCCUCGUUCGCCGGACACUUGAUGAGACGUUUCAGCCGCGUAGAUAAGCUGGACAACUCGUUCUCGAGGUCGCGUUCGUCUUCGAUCAGCUCAUUGGAAAAUAUCACCGCAGAGGCGAUCCAAUGCCUGGUCUUCGCCGACUCUUAUGCAAAGCGCACAGAACCCAACCACAUGACGCCCACAUUAUGGGUAGGAACGAGCCUGGGUUCGGUGCUGACCGUGCUGAUAGGACCUACGGAUCCGGACAGUCGCUCCUCGCAGCCAGUGGUUGUCUCCCUCGUCGGUGUCACCAUUUUCCGGUUGAAGGGUGCCAUCUUGUCCAUGUCCUUUAUGGACUGCAACGGUUCACUCAUUCCAAAUAGCUACGAGUCGUGGAAGGAUGAUAACAAGGACCGCAGAGACAGCAAGUUGGGCACGCCUACCAAGUGCUCUAGCAGGAUGAGCCCCACGUUGGGAGACAACCAGCGCGAGCCGCCCGGAGAUCGUCAGUACGUAGUCAUCACCAGCGAGAAACAGGCUAGAGUUGUUGGACUACCAUCGCAGACGUGCGUCUACCGCCAGCAGAUCGCCGACACCGACUUCGUCGUAAAAGCUGUGACGACAUCGAUGAAAGAUAGCAUAUGCUUGGCGUGUUACGUAUCCAACGGCCACCUUCAGGUGUACAGCCUUCCUAGUCUAAGGCCACUGAUCGACAUAGAUUUUCUUCCGCUUUCGGAACUAAGUUUCCAGACACAAUCAAACAAAGGCAUAGUAGACCCAAUGUUGUCCAUUUGGGGCCAACAACUCAUUGUUAACGAGGACACUAACCAGAUCUCGAAGACCUUCUGCUUCAGUAACCGAGGCCAUGGAUUAUACCUCUGUUCACCGUCGGAACUUCAAAAGUUCACACUCUGCGCUGAUUUUUGCACUAACAUGAAUGUAAUGUUGGGCGAGAUUUUUAUACCGCUGGACAUGCCUGAACCACCGAAGGAGAGCUUCUUUAGAGGCUUAUUCGGAGGCGGUGUGAGGUCCUUGGACCGCGAGGAACUUUUUGGCGAGAACAGCGGGAAGGCAAGCAAGCAUGUGGCAAAACACAUCCCCGGUGCCCUGCAGGAGAUGAACUCACGCGUGGCCAGCUCCUCCAACGAGAUCUCCAGGGCUCACAAAUUGAUGCUCGAGCGCGGAGAGAAGCUGGGCAAACUAGAGGAUAGCUCGGAAAGGAUGCGCAACGAGGCAGAGAACUUCGCCGGAACCGCGCACGAUCUGAUGCUCAAAUACAAAGACAAGAAAUGGUACCAGCUGUAACCUGUACCAUGCGGAGCAAACGAAAACAAACCGGCAAAUGUGUACAGUCUUUUAUUAGUAAGUCGCAAUCUUUGAGGCUAGUGUAUUGAAUACAAUUAACGUAUCAAUAAGAAUAUAAAUAUAUGUAAUAAUAAUAUAGUCAAUAAUUGAAUAAUAAGGCGAAUAAAAUUGGACGAUGAGCGGAAAUUCGCGUCUUUUUCGAGGGUUGUAAUAAAUGUUUUUAAAAGCAUGAAGGAUCGGGGCGCGCAUCGAGUUUAAUUAAUUAGCAAUAAUAUAAUGAUGAUGGAGCAAGAACGGAAGAGGAUGGAUGGGCGCGCUCCAUCCCGGGUCUAUCUUAGAUUGAUAUAUUAAGUACUUAAACACGAAUUGUGAUAUAUAUUAAAAUAACAGAGAAGAAGCAGAAAGGUUCGAAAGAAACGGGAUAAAUGUUGCGUAAAUUUUCUGGCCUGACAGCCGAAACAAAUAAACAACAAAACUAGAAACAAUAUAUAUAUACUUUAUAUAUUAUAAGAGUCUUUGCACAUGGUUUUCGCACUAAGUAUGAAUGAUUUAUAAAGAGGAUAAUCCGAGGCGCCACGUCGCUCUCUUCUAUAUAAAUAAUGUACAUGUAAAACUUUUUGACUCGAGUACGCGUAGGUUUUUAUCGGACAAAAUAUACAUAUAUAUAUAUUAAAAAAAAAUAAACAAAAAAGGAACAAAAAAAAGUAUAGAAAGUAGAAGACUUUGCGCUUGGUGCAUGAAGCAUUUAACCCGAUCGUGGGUUCGGUAAAUAUUGUUAUAGUUUGCGAGCGAUAAUAAAUAUAAGAUGUAGUUGAUGAUAAUCCCUCUUAGCGAAGAACUAAAGAAUCCUGGACCACUAAAACCACAUAUCGCGCUUGCAUCGUUAUGGCUUUUGCCCGAAUUUGCAAGAAGGGUGAGGCCGACGAAAGGGCAAGAUCCAUCUACUCUUCUCGAGCAGUCUCCGCACCAAAUCAUCCCCAAGACGAAGACUAUUUUUCUAUAGUUGCAUAAUCCACCACCACCCAUUUCGCGCACCAUCCACCAGCCCAAUUGAUUUCGAAGGACAAUAAACUUCCCUUGCAACUAUAAGACUUCUAAAAGAAGUCGAUAUCUAUCGUUAACGCCACUAGCUCUCAUCCCUAAUCCGCACCCCCCAAAUCACAGCUUAAGCGGUCUUCCCCCUCAUCGCGAAGGAAUAAAUCAUUAAAAAAAAAUAUAAUGCCAAACGUACCUAAAAAAAAUAACAAAAAAAAACGAUUCCUUCUACUUUUUUAAAUUUCAUAUGUUUAUCUUAGCGGGUAGCGCUUAAUAUUAUAUACAAAUAUUAUAUAUAUUAUAUGACUGUUACCAUAGUGACAAAGAAAAAACAAAAGCAACCUACGGUUAGUGAUAUGUACUAUAUGUAUUUUCUCUCUCUAUCUAUCUCUGUAUCAUCUAUCUCUAUUUAUUUACGUGGAACAGAAAACAAAUCGGCUUCGAGCUUUGACGUUAUUUGUUGAGAUCUAUGUGCGAUCUUCGUUCUUUGCGGGCCUACACUUUUAGACACGGCCCACUUGCGUUGUAGCAAAAUAAAAAAAUAACAAAAAUAGACAAAAAAAAAAUCACUAGUAAUCAAUGAAUCGGAGACGUGUUUUUAUAUAAGGGAGGCGGGAACAAAAAGCAUUGUUAAACUUCUUGUAACAAGAAAAAAAACUACAAAAAUA